AUGAUUUAUUUAUGUUUCGAUUUAAUACUAUUUAAUUAAUACUAAUUUGAAACUUGAACUUUUCAAUUAUUAUUAAUUUGAAUAAUUUGAUUAUAAUACCUUGCCUCUUAGUUGAACUGUCAACACUAGAGGUUAGGUCUUGUGAAUAAUAUACUUCUAGAAGAAGAUUCUUGAUACAUAUAAGAUUUUAAACUCUGGCAUGUGAAAAAUAUAAACAUAACCUAUUUUUAAACUAAAGUAAUAGAAAUCUACAUCAUGUCCCGUUUGAUAGUGAAAAAUCUUCCCAAAAAUGCAACUGAACAAUCUGUAAAACAGUUAUUUAGUCAAAAGGGAACCAUCACUGAUAUUCAAUUAAAAUACACCUCGGAUGGUAAAUUUAGAAAGUUUGGUUUUGUGGGAUAUCAAAAAGAAUCUGAGGCCGAGGAAGCAAUAAAAUCUUUUCAUAACACUUAUAUGAACACAAGUAAAAUAACAGUGGAAACCUGUAGCACAUUAGGAGAUAAGAAUAAACCAAGAUCUUGGAGUAAAUAUGCACCUGAUAGUAAAGAAUUCAAGAAAAAUAACAAAACUACUAUCGAAGAAGACAUUCCUGAACAGAAAAAAGUUAAACCAAAAAAGGAAAAGAAAGUCGACGCAACUGAACAAUUGUUGGAAAAGUAUAAAGACGAUCCAUUAUUUGAAGAGUAUUUACAAGUUAGUCAUCCAAAGGAAAUUGAGAAACUUCAAAAAUUGAAACAAAUUCGUAAAGAUGAAUGUGAAAACGAAACUGAAAACAAUUUAAAUGAAGAGAAUGAAAUAUCCAACAGUGAAAACGAUUGUAGUGCAGAUAAAAUUGCAAAUAAGCAAAUAUCUGAUUUAGAAUAUAUGAAAAAACUUAUAGCAGGUGGUACCGAGAAAAAACCAAGAGAAAAAAUGAAGAAAAAGAUAAAGGAAAAAAUAAAAUUGUUCACUGUUAAGCUUCGCGAUUUACCUUACAAUAUAAAGAAGAAAGAUAUAAAACAAUUUUUCAAACCAGUUUCAUGUUAUAGCAUAAGGGUACCUAGGAAUAUACAUGGAAUAGCAUUUGUGGGGUUUAAAACUGAAAAAGAAUUGAAUAAAGCACUAGUCAAAAAUAGGAGUUUUAUAAGUGGAAAACAAGUAUCAGUGGCAAAAUAUACAACUAGCGAAGAAAAAUCUCAAAGUGAUAAUACACUUCGGAAUAUUUCUAAAAAUAAAUGGCAAACACAAGAGGAAGCUAUCAAAAACGAGGAAAACAUUGGGGAAUCCGGAAGAAUUUUUAUUAGGAAUUUAGCAUAUACUACCACUGAGGAAGACAUAGAAAAACUGUUUUCGGAAUUUGGUCCAUUGACUGAAGUAAAUUUACCUGUAGAUGCCAGUACGAAACAAAUGAAAGGUUUUGGUACUGUAACAUAUUUACUGCCAGAACAUGCAGUUAAAGCCUAUUCACAAUUAGACGGUUACAUCUUACAUGGAAGAAUGCUUCAUCUUCUUCCUGGUAAAAAUAAAGACACGAAUGAUGAAGAUUUGGAAGAUACAAACAACUAUAAAAAGAAAAAAUCGGCAAAACUUAAAGCGCAAGCAGGUUCAUCUCACAAUUGGAACUCGUUAUUUUUGGGACACGAUGCAGUAGCCGAAGUAAUUGCAGAUAGUUUUGGUACUACUAAAGAAGACGUUAUUGGACCAGAUGGUAAAGGAAGUGCCGCCGUACGACUUGCCCUUGGGGAAACCCAAAUUGUUGCUCAAACUAGAAAGUAUUUGGAACAACAAGGGGUUAUCUUAGAUGCAUUUAAUAAUGCAGUAGUAAAAAGAUCAAAAACUCUGAUAUUAUUAAAGAAUUUACCAUCAAAGACCGAAGUUAAAGAAAUUCGUGAAAUUUUCGAAAAGCAUGGAGACAUAGGAAGGGUUAUUUUACCACCUAGUGGCAUUACAGCAAUUGUUGAAUUUUUGGAACCAUCUGAAGCCAAAAAAGCUUUUAGCAAAUUGGCUUACACGAAAUUUAAGAAUAUGCCUUUGUACCUUGAAUGGGCUCCUGAUAAUAGUUUGACAGACCCCAAAACUAAUCAAAAAGUGGAAUCAACAAAUGGAGCAGGCGUGCAAGAACUCACUAACGAAAAAGAAAUUGAGGAAGACAUAAGAGAAGUGGAAGAAGAAGAAGAAGAAGAGGAACCGGAACCAGAUACGACGCUUUUUGUAAAAAAUUUGAAUUUUAAAACUACAGAUGAACAACUGAAACAACAUUUUGUGGCUUGUGGUAAAAUUCAUUAUGCUAAUGUUGCCUCAAAGAAGGAUCCCAAAGAUCCUAAUAAGACGUUAUCGAUGGGUUACGGUUUUAUUCGGUUUGUACAUAAGGCUAGUGCAGAUAAGGCUUUAAAAACCCUACAACAGAGCGUAUUGGACGGAAAAUCAUUGGAAUUGAAAAGAUCCGAGAGGACAUUUAAAAAUGACGUACAAACAACAAGAAAAGUAAAUAAGGCGACAAAGCAGACGGGCUCAAAAAUAUUAGUCAGAAAUGUUCCUUUCCAAGCUAAAAAAAAGGAAAUAGAAGAAUUAUUCAGUACAUUUGGAGAAAUUCGUGCGUUAAGAUUACCUAAAAAAAUGGCUGCUGGAUCGGAUAGUCACAGAGGAUUUGCCUUCAUCGAUUACACAACAUCAUCAGAUGCAAAGGCUGCAUUUGAAGCUCUUUCCCAAAGUACUCAUUUGUAUGGAAGACGUUUGGUACUUGAAUGGGCUGCUACGGAAGAAGGAGUAGAUGAAAUUAGAAAAAGAACAGCUAGUCAUUUCAAUCCAGAAGUGGAGACUAAGAAAUCAAAGAAAAGUGUUUUCAACAUGGAAUAAUUUGUAAAUUAUGCAAAUAUUUUACAAUAAAUUUUUUUUAUUCAUUCCUAUUAUAGAAAUUCCGAGUAAAUAAAAUAGGAAUUUGCAGAAAGAAAAA